GUUUUCUCCAUCCGCAAAGUAAGUGCAUGCCAGUUCAACUUCCAACAAUCCGAGAUGUUUACUUGACCACGUCUUGCAUGAGAAUACAAACACCGGCCAUUUAACAGCAAUCUCGAAGCCGCCGUCAUGGGUGCGAGGAAACUGCUCCCUGCUCCCUGCAGCUUCUCCCAGCUUCAGACUCUCCCGCUGUCCAUCCGCCGUGCGAUAUGGCGAGCCCACCACCUGCACGAUUCCUUCUCCAUCUCUGCCCGGAGGCUGAGCAUAUCCCGCGCGUCCCCGUCGUCCUCGCCGUCACCCUCUACACCACACAUUUCCGCCGACCGGAUCGUGCGGCCCCUCGUCCCUCCACCCCGCGAAGGGUCGGGGCCUCUGCUCUCGCGGCGCCCCGACCGGGCCCUGCCUGAGCUGACCCGGCCGAUAUCAAUAUGGCUCAAGACACUCCCUGUGUUUAUCGUGCUCGUCACCGUGUCGUCGCUGGCCAUCUUCAACUACGAGAAAUCCUCCUCGUCGACCGUCAACUCGAUCCUCUACGCCCUGCGCACCAACGAGCAUGUCCGCGAGUUGCUGGGCGACGAAAUCUACUUUGCGAGCAAACUGCCCUGGAUCAGCGGGGAGUUGUCGCCCAUGCAGGGCACGAUCGACAUCAGCUUCUGGGUCAAGGGGACGAGAGGGAAGGCGAAGACCAAGUUUGUCAGUCUACGAAAGUCCCGGGGCGGGUUUUUUGAGACAUUGGAGUGGAGUCUGCAGAUGGAGGAUGGCACCAUGGUGCAGUUAUUAGAAAAAGAGGGCACAAGGGAUCCUUUAGAGGGACAGAGGUUUGACUAGUUGAAAGACAACAGACAGGAGGCAAGAGGUAGAAUUGAAAAAAAGUGGGUUUUGUACAUUAGCUUGUACCUGCUCUCAUGACGACGAUGGCAAAGCUACCGUCGAGCAGGAAAAUGAGAUGAGUGAGGGCUGAAUCUCCUCCAAAAGAAGACGCAGAUAUGUUUGGUUUCUCAGUCGCCCGGUUUGACCUUUGACCCCUUGGUAUUUAUGCCCGUACCUGCGCCAACAGCUUUCCGAUGAGGCAUCUUUCCAAUAUUCCAACCCCAUGAUCUCAACGUCUUGACAACUUUGGGCAGGAUUGCAGCAGUGAGAGGGACGCGAAUGAAAAUAAAGGAUUUGUGCACCGCAUACGCGAGGGCAAGUUGAGUCCAUAAACCUAAUGACAC